AUGCGUCGGUAUGUUGUUCCUGCGACACAGGUGAUGAGAGACAAAAUAAGAAAUGCUCAGAUACCGAAAGGUCUGAAGUAUAUACUUUCCGUGAAUAACAAUUCAAAGGCUCUGAGCACCAAAGAAUGCACAGCAUUAAGUGCACAUUUCUUUGCCCCAAAGGAUAACAAAAAUAUUACACCCGAUCUUCGACUGUACGUUUCCCAAUUUUUAUAUCGAAAGGAAGCAUACCAACUUCUGUUAAAUUUUGGCAAGCACUUCUUCAUAGACAAUUCCAACGGGACUUCGGGAAAAUCACUCACACUAAGAAACGACCUAGUCUCUGCCGAAUUGAAAUGCUUUCUAUUUGCAUUAAUCCGCCUGAAUAAUCUUCCAUAUCUCGACAUUGUGAUGGGUCGAAUAAUUUCCCAAUUUUCUCUAACUCAGAAGGAAACUGUCAUUCAUAUCCUUAAUGCAGUUUUCAAUUACAUGAUCCUGCGAUCGAAGGAUCACAUCACCAACUUGAAUUGUCAAGAAAUAAUUAUUCAUUGGGUAAAGUGGAUGAAACUACUUAAUGGCCAUUGCGAAUUUUCGAACUAUUCGACCUAUAAAUAUAUUCUUAGAUCCCUGUCCAUAUACAUACGAACUUUAAACGCGGAAGAAAAGAAAUCACUAUUAGAUUGUCUUGAAAAAAUCAAAUUAAUCCUAGGUGCCCAAAGUGCAUCUCAAUUUGCGACAACUUUGAUAAGCAUUUUUACUCGACAUCGAGAUUUCAACAUGGUCGAACCCCUUUGGUUCUAUAAGACUAAUAAUGACUUACAACUUUCUUCAUUUGAUUUGACAUCUAUCUUGCAAACUUACUGUCAUUAUGGUAAAUUUAACCUAGUAGCAUCUACCUUUGAACAUUAUCCAGAGGCACAUGACGAUUCAGCUCAGUUCGAUUACUGUCUCAUCGCACAUUCUAAGUUAAGUGACUGGGAGGGAUUACAAAAGCAAUUUAAUUCAUUGUUUGGUAUUGGGAAACUCCCCAAUAUUAAAGAAUACGGUAUUGUCAUGUUUGCGCUGGCUCAGAUGGGAGAGUUAGAAAGUGUGGAGCAAUUAUAUGCGCAACUACUACGAAGAGGGAUGCUACCAACAUAUGCUGUCUUGGAGUCAUUGCUAAUCUCAUAUUAUAAAGCUGGUGACUAUAUAGGAUGUUUUACACAAUUUGAAUUAUUUCAAAAAUAUGCUAUCCAACCAACAUCAUCCACAUACACCAUAAUAUUCAAGGCAUAUAGAGGAAUGAGUGAUAUAGAUGGGGCAUUACGGUUCUUAAGGAGAAAGACCUCUAAGGAAACUGUCAAGAUAACAGAAACACAUUUUGCAAUCUUAAUUCAAAUGUGUUCCAAGACUACAAAUUAUUUAAUUGCUGCCGAAUUAUUCCAUAUCAUGAAAAGUCAUUAUAACAUUAUCCCAACUGGUAAAUCUGUUGCUGCAUUGAUGGAUGUAUACAUUGAAUCCGGUUUAUAUGAAAAGGCUCUUUCUUUAUUCGAUGAGUAUACCCAACAGGACAAUAAAGUGUCAAGGGAUGAUGAAAUGCUGCAAGAUAAUGUUAUAUCUGUCUACAACAAAGCUAUUCUUGUUCAUAUUAAAAGGAAUGAACCCGAGAAAUGUGAAUCAUUAUUUGAGAAAGUUACUCAAUUGCAAAUUCCGACAGAUUCGCCAUUCUAUAAAAUGAUGAUACAAUACAUGAUCGAAACCAAGAAGGACUAUCCAUCAGCGUUGGAUAUCUUGGACAAAUUAUUAACCAGUGAUACUGUGCAGGCAACAACGUCACAUUUUGAAGUUAUAAUGGCACAUUGUAACCAUAUUUCGUAUCAUGAAGGUAUCUUCCAAUUAUACAAAAAGAUGAAUGAAUAUAAUGUACCCAUGAAUUCUCGAAUAUUGUAUUAUCUAAUAAAAUCGACAUUUAAAGUCAAUAUUACCAACAAAGAAGGUGUUGAUAAUGCCAUUGAAUUAUUAAAUGAAAUCAUGGAAAAUGUUGCUCGGGGGACAAUGAACGUGACAAUUAAUAGGUUACAUCCCUCAGUGAUGGCAUGGCCCAUGAGAGUAAUAACCAAAUAUUACAGUCCUAAGGACGCUUUGAAUUUGUUCAACAAAUAUCAUCAAUUGUUUUAUGGCAAAGAUGACACAAUAAUGAGUAAUAAAUUUUCCAUACUACGAUCUUUCAUGGUCUUAUUUGCUGAAAUUGAACAAUGGGAACAAUUUGAACGCGUGUAUGAGAAAUUCUUGGCUCGGUUAGAAACAAUUGAACAGUUACCUUCCCAUACUGUAAAAAAUUCCAAAUUGAAAGGAUUAUUUAUUGGCAUAAUCUCAUAUAAAAUAAGACAGUUGAACGCAACCCAGCAAAUUGAUAAACUACCUGGUCUUGUAGAAAACUUACAAUCAAGAGGGUUUAUCUUGGAUAACAAGAGUUGGAAUGACGUUAUCCUGGCAUUAUUCCAAGAUCCACGAACUAUCCAUGAUGGCCUUAAGUUAGUCAAUGAUAAAUUCAUCCACGGUUUUAACUUGAUUCAUAAGUACAGAUUCUUAAAGAAUAAGAAAGAAAAUGCCGAAUUGAGAGAUGGUAAGGAGCCCUGGUUGUUAUCACAGAAGGAGAAAGAUCCUAACAGUUUCCAACCAAAACUUUAUUUAAAAUCUGAUGUUUAUUUAAGAAUCAUGGAAUCAUUGGAUGGGUAUUUGAAUUCGUUGGGAGAGACUCACCUUGAUGACACUAUAAAAUCGUUCUUGAGCAAAUACGGGUAUUUUAUGAAGAGUUACUUAAUGACACCAAGGAUAAAUGUCACUGGAUGGGAAUCUUUUGAAAAUGAUCACAUGCAAUAUUUGCAACAAUUAAGACAGAUGAAGAGAAUUGUACCACUUUCAGAAUACUAA